AUGAGGUUUGGUGUUCGUGGUAAAUUGAGUCCUAGAUUUGUUGGACCAUUUGAGGUUUUAGAUCGAAUUGGAGAGGUAGCUUACAGACUUGCCCUACCGCCUUCACUAGCUGGAGUUCAUAAUGUCUUCCAUGUUUUAAUGUUGAGGAAGUAUGUACCGAAUCCCAAUCAUGUGAUUGAUCAUGCACCGUUGCAGUUUAAGGAGGACUUGACCUAUGAGGAACGCCCUGUAAGAAUUGUUGAUAAAAAGGAGCAGGUUUUGAGGCGUCGAGUCAUCCACUACGUUAAGGUUCAAUGGAGCAAUCACUUGGAAAGAGAAGCCACUUGGGAACUUGAUGAUGAAAUGAGACAAAAGCAUCCACAACUUUUUGAGACUCCAGGGGAUGAUGAUGAUGUUGCUAAUGUUGAUCAGGUUGAGGAGGUACUCACUGGUCCAUUUCCUGGGGGGCCAUCAGAUCCAUCAGUACUGAAGAGCUUCAAGGCACAUAUUGCAGCAACUACAUGGGAUUAG